UCCAAACGGGACUCCGUACUUACUAGAGCGUUCAGGAGGAAGCAUGGCGGCCGCCUUGGCACGGAGGUUGUCAGGGCUGCUGAGGCCGCUGUCCGUGUCUAUCUGCGCCCGGACCCCGCACACCUGCCGGCUCUCCGGCCUUAUCCACCCCGCCCCACUCUGCAAGUCUGCUACAGCCGCUGUCCGCGCUCCUCUUCGGGGCGCAGUGUGUCAGACACCCCGCUACAACCUCCUGCAAAGGGUGUCAGCACUUGUUCCUAGUCUAAGUCAGCAGCCGAGCAGAAGUCUGACGUACUAUAGCAUCAAGAAGGGGAAGAGAAAGAGUGUCAAAUCUGUCACAGACAGGUUCAUGAGGCUGCACUGUGGCCUUUGGAUCCGGCGCAAGGCUGGAUACAAGAAGAAGCUCUGGAAGAAGCUGCCUGCCAGACGAAAGCGCCUGAGGGAGAUUGUAUUCUGCAACAAAACACAGUGCGGGCUUUUAGAUAAAAUGACAACCUCGUUUUGGAAAAGGAGAAACUGGUACGUCGACGAUCCAUACCUGAAGUACCACGAUCGGGUCAACCUCAAACCCUAAUUUGCUGAUUCAUGUAAUAACAUCUCAUCUUUUGCUUGUAAUGUAAUGAUGUUGUGUAUGUAUCAAAUAAAUCCCUGUGUUUUCGAA